AACUUGAAUUUUUUUUUACUGUAAUCUUCUUACCGUACGUAUUGUUUUACAUAUGUGGAAAGAUCCCCUUGACCUUCCCUACAUAAAAAGAUUCUGUUUUUUUUUAUAAAUUCCCUUUCCUCUGUUUUUUUGUUUGUUUGUUUGAAUCAGAUCCUUAUUCUUGGCCUUACGAUCAGAUUCAUGGCAACGACUCCAUCACACGCCACAGAUCUUAUUACCUCUGAGGAGCAACCUGCUAAUCUGGACAUCAUGAAGGAGCAGCCUGUCCCGGGGAACAACGAGCCCUCUCAGGAAUCUGCAUCAGUUGUAGUUCAUCCAGCAAAAGUUGCUCCACUGUCUGGACCUUAUGGUUUAACUGGUGAUCUUGCUGGACACUUACCUAGCAGCAUCCUCUCUCCUCAAGCACAAGGCUUUUACUACAGAGGUUAUGAAAACCCCACAGGUGAAUGGGACGAGUACUCUUCCUAUGUCAAUGUUGAAGGAUUGGACAUCACAUCUCCUGUUGGCUUCAAUGAGAAUGCUUCUCUGGUAUACCAAACCGGAUACGGAUACAACCCUCAAAUGCCAUAUGGACCAUACUCGCCUGCUGCAAGUCCCUUACCUUCUGAGGGGCAGUUGUAUUCGCCACAGCAGUUUCCGUUUUCAGGUGCAUCACCUUAUUACCACCACCACCAGCAGGUAGUUCAUCAGCCAGAGCUCACCAGCCUUGUCGGCGUUGUUGACCAACAAGGUGAUAACAUGGGACCAAGACCUUCCUACCAUCCUCAUCCUAUUGGACCGUUUAAUGGAAACCAGCCAAACCUUGGUUGGCAGCAAGGUUUUGAUGGGGGGAUAUGGUCGGAUUGGUCCAAGUCUUCUGAUAUGCUCAGAUAUUCUUCUACUGUUUCACCAGCUUUAUCUCCUCAGCCACUAUUUGGAUCAUAUGGCCACCACAACAUGGGCUCACAACAGAGACAGAGAUCGUUUUACGGUUUUGGAUCUGGUUCAAACUCUUAUAAUAAUAACAGAGGUUACAUGCAUAGUGGUGGUCAUGGCCAGGGCUCUAACUAUGGUGGAAGUAGACUAGUUUCUAACGUUGGCAUGGUAAACCAAAGCUGGAUUGGUGGUGUUGACAACAACAUUCGAGGAGGACGUGGAAGAGUCAGUGAUCCAUCAUCCCUGGGUGGUGGUGGUGGUGGCUAUAAUGGUAACUUUGACAUCCUCAACGAGCAAAACCGAGGACCAAGGGCUUCUAAGCCCAAGACUCUGGUAUCAGAGGAGCUUGAUGCUUCUUCUGACACUAAGAAACAUAACAAAAGCAGUCCAAAGGAGGUUGAGGACUCCAACAACAAGAAUCUUGAUUUUGUCACGGACUACAAUAACGCUAAGCUCUUCAUAAUCAAGUCUUACAGUGAAGACAACGUUCACAAGAGCAUCAAGUACAAUGUAUGGGCUAGCACCGCCAACGGCAACAAAAAGCUUGAUGCUGCUUAUCGUGAGGCCAAGGACGAGAAAGAAUCUUGUCCAGUGUUUCUUCUCUUCUCUGUAAACGCUAGCUCUCAGUUCUGUGGUGUAGCGGAGAUGAUUGGACCUGUGGAUUUCGAGAAGAGCGUUGAUUACUGGCAGCAAGACAAAUGGAGUGGACAGUUCCCUGUGAAGUGGCACAUUAUCAAAGAUGUUCCAAACAGUCAGUUCCGCCACAUUAUAUUGGAAAACAACGACAAUAAGCCAGUGACUAACAGUCGUGACACACAAGAAGUGAAACUGGAGCAGGGCAUCGAGAUGCUGAAGAUAUUCAAGAGCUACGAUGCUGAGACGUCAAUCUUGGAUGAUUUUGAGUUUUAUGAAGAGAGGGAGAAAAUAAUUCAAGAACGGAAGGCGAGAAGACAGCCAAGCUUGUUGCCAACUGGAGUAGUGGAAAGCGAAGAUAAACCCUCUUCUGUUUCUGCGUUGCAGACAGACUUGAUCAAGAACAUGUCUAAAAGUUUUGCUCAGGUUGUCCGGUUGGAUGAAGCAGGAGGAAAAACAAGUUCAUCUCCAGAUGCAGUUACAGCAACUGUAGUGGUCAAUCCAACUAGUUAAGUAAGUAAGUAAAAGACAAGAAAUUAGCAAAGACUUUUAUGUUUUCAAUUUCUCAUAAUGAUCUCUUGUUUGGUUCUAAGAAGGGGGUAUUCAAAUGGAACUUCACGUCUGACAAAGUCUAGUUUCUUGUGUAAAGUAAAGAAGCCUCUUUUGGCUCUCUUUUUUAUGUUCCCAUUAGCUAUAAAUUUGAUUCAUUUCCCUCAUUUCAAUGUUAUGUACCCUUCUCUCUCUUCGGGGUUGAUAGAAGAAGAAGAUGAUUAUGUAUGAAAGACAACAUAAUGUUGCUAUCUUGUAAAGUUGCUUCAUAUAUCUUUGAAGGCAGUAUUUAAUAAACAUGCAGAUUACACCCA